AUGGCGAGGAUAUUGGUUUUGGAAGGCAUAGCUGUGGGUGGUGGUGGUGUUAACAAUGGAGAUCGGCUUUUUAAUCAUCUCUCAGUUGGAAUUCUACUGCUUUGUCAAGUACUCAUAGCAAUGGCCAUCAUAUCUGUGAUGCUGUUUGGAUGUGCUGAUUGUGCUGAUGACCAGACAGGGGCAAGGAAGGCAAGAAAGGCAAGGGGGUGGGCAUGGGCAUGGGCAUGGGCAUGUGGGUGGCUGUGGGGCUGGGGCUGGCUGUGGGAGUGGAGGUGGCUGUGGGGCUGGGGCUGGGAGUGGGGCUGGCUGUGGGAGUGGAGGUGGCUGAGAUCACGCCACCACCAUCACCGCUGCCAAGUUUUCAGUGAUGUGUCCGGUGACUGUGGUGGUUAUGGUGUUGACUGAGAUCAUCACCACCACCAUGUGUGGCUGCCCUUGUUUCAGUGAUUUCUACUCUUUAGAAUAAGCCUGUUGUGUGUUCCAUGCGCGUUACAUAUGUGAUAUGACAUAUCUCUUCAUCACCUAAUGUAAUCAGGUGACUUCUUUUUCAAUUUCAUUGUUUGGUCCCUUAUUUGCAUGUGCAUUACACGAAUACGACACGAAAAUAGAUAGGUCAACUCGACUUGACACGAUUAGUUAAACACCCUCGGUAUCAUAGGUUGCCAUUCUAUCUUCCUUCUCCAUGACACUUCCAAAGUGAUUUUGGAACUUAGAACGCCCGGGCCAGUAUUUGAAUUAGGAUUGAUUAAUACUCGACACGAACCCGCAAUAAGAAGACACAACACGAUUGCCACCAUAUAUAUUCCCAAGGAAAAUCAACAUAUACCACCAGCAUAAAGCAAAAUAUUGGAACAAUUAACCCAGUUAGUCUAAGUCAUUUAUAUCAGGCUAGCUAUUAGACCAUAUCUCUGUUUGAGACAUAACCAGGGUUGUAAUUAAGGAUCAUCUGUUUCGAAUUGGAAGAAACAUUGAACUCUGCAAACAUGAUUUCAUGUUGAAUGCAGUCUCUUCAGAAGAAAGAAAGAGUCUACCUUUGACUGUGAGAAAAGAAAGGGACUGGAAUUAAUCCAUACAUUGAUAGUGAGGACAUAGAACUAUAGAAGAAGCAUGAGUUAUCAUGCUUUUCCAACUCAAACUUUCCCAAUUGAGGGAUAAAUAUGUCAUCAAUCUGAUUGAGUUUGAUUAUCUAUAUAGUUUUUUAAUAACCAAGAAUCUCAACUACGCGUUUUUUAGCUGUACAAUCACCUAUAAAUUAUGUGCAUUGAACCAGCCCAAGUAUUUAUUAUAGGACUUGAAUUUAAAAUUUUGAGAUAAUAGCCAUUGAAAUUGUAACAACUGUGGCUAUCGAACUCCAAGUCCAGAUCCUAGGAUCUUGCGGUUCUAUGAUCCAGUACAAGAAAAUCAAUUUGUGUCUCUUGUAGAAUUUCAAAAUUUUAGGAUCUUAAUAGAUUGUGAUCUGAAUUUUACUGGAUCGUAGAUUCCCGAUUCAAAUUGUGAGUUUACCGAUCCAAGUUGUUGGGUUUAUUUAUCAGCCGCAUUUAGUUAUUGAACAAACUCAAUGCAUAUUUAUCGUUUUUUUUUUGUGUCCAAUGUUAUGCGACUACUCCUUCAAGUUCAGAGGCUAGCUACCAUAACUUGAGCUGGGUUAGAACAUGUCUUUGGCAAGGGUGGAUAGCCCUUAAGGGUUAGAGCAUAUUUAUCGUUUUAAUAGUUAAAGACUCAAUCUAAAUCUAAUUAAUUUCGCUAUAAUUCCAGGGCCCAUCUCUUUGGAUGAAUUGAAUAUUGCUAGUCCUCUUCCACAUUGGAAGUUUGUACGACAAGAACAUUUGUGGCUCCUAAGAGAGCCUUUGAGCCAUGGGUAUUGACAAAGAAAUUAGGAAGAAACAAAUUGCCUUAGAUGAAUCUAUAUUCCAUUUGUAUGGUUUAAAGUUAGUCCAAUAAUUUUAGACACGACCUAUGAACUUGACGGAUUUAGGCUUAACCUUAACGAUUUUUUGGGUACUAAACAGAUAGAUCUGUUAGAUAUUUCAAAAAAUAGAUUGACAUGAACUCGAAUAAAUAUGACAUAAACAUACUAAACAUGUAUCGUAUCAUAAUAUUUUCGUAUUGUGCUUGAGUUAAUAAAAAAAUAUUUUUAGCAAAAAAUAUUUUUGUGUCAAGUCAAUUACGUUGUGUUUUGUAUUUCACAUUUACAAAAAUUCAUAUAAUGCAAUUAAUAUUUUUU